AUGACAGACCCAGAUAACAGUCUGACGGCCAUAGAUUGGCUUCCCAAUCUUAGCAUAAGCAUGUUGACGGCAUCUAUUGAAAGCGAAUUUCCUUUCGAAAUGGAUUGUUGGGACUCUAUGAGUGGAGAUGAUAAUAAAACUGAGUCUGACUGCGGGUCUACGCCCUACCAACCAGAUAGCAAACCGCCUUAUAGCUACGCAAGCUUGAUUACUUGUGCUAUACAAAGUACAUCGGAAAAGAAAAUGACAUUGAGUGAAAUAUAUCAAUGGAUUUGUGAUAACUUCCCUUAUUAUUGCGAAGCCGGGAGUGGUUGGAAGAACUCGAUUCGUCAUAACUUGUCACUUAACAAGUCUUUCAUGAAAAUUCCCCGAUCUCGAGAUGAGCCAGGAAAAGGUUCUUACUGGUGUCUGUCUAAUCAGUGCGAUGAUCCAGAAUGCAUGCCUUCAGCACCUAAAAGACAAGCUUUGUGUUCUGAAAACAAUACACGCUGUAUGUCAGAAGUGCAAGCUAUGUCAUCUGACAUUAAUAACAACAGCAUUACAGAUAAUCGGAAUGAAUUCCUCCAGUUCACAAACAUCAAUCAUAAUUUAGACGAUCAAAUUGAUAGUACUAGUAAUUCUAGUGGACUAAACCAUAAAGCUCGCCGAAAUAGUCGAAUGCGUCAGUUUAGUCCGACUUAUUCUGAAUACAAUGUAGAGAAUAAAGUUAUGCAUGAAAAAGAUGAUGCCAACACUUCUAGUAAUACAGUUCAUAAUGUUUUAAACAAUUUGAAUAAUAAUAGUACAAUAUCUGGUACAAUCAAUCCUAUUUUAUCCGCUUCAUGUAAUACACCUAAUGCUUCACUGAACCAUGACAAUAACGAUAAUAAUCUUAGCCUAACUAAUCAUAAUAAUGCCAUAACUCGAUCAAAUGAUCACUUAAUAAGCUAUAAUCCUCAUGUUAACACAUUUUCAAUUGGUUCAAAUUCACUAACUCCAUUUAACAAUACAGAGCUAUUUUCACAUCGGUGUAGUUCUACCACUACUAACAAUAAUGCUAAUAACAGUACUCGUGAUGGUAGUAGUAAUGAUAAUGACGAAAAUGCAGAAAAUAAUAAUCAUAUUAUGUAUAAAGGAAAAGUUUCUAUUCCAUGCAGUGCCGUCACUAGUCAUAAAUCUUCUACCACUAACAGAGAUGCUAGUUAUAUAACUUUAUCCAGUAAUACGUGUAAUAAAAUAUCUUUUAACAAAGUCAACCAACAGACCACUUCUCUCUAUUAUCCAUCUAAUCAUCAAAUUAAUGCGAAUAUGAGAAAUGAUAAGCUGUGCACACUUCAACAGUUAGAUACAAAGCAAUAUAUGCCUGGUAUAUCUGAAGAAUUAGUGCAUAGGCCUUUUAAUACAUCAACGGCAUCAACAAUAUCAAAUGCACAAAUAAAUUCGACUGAUUGUCAUGUUCUGAGUAAUAACAACAAUAAUCAACAUAACUACACAAGAAACAGGAGCAAUAAAAGUGGUAUGCAUGAAAUGACUAAUUUUGUAAAUGAAGAUAACAAUUCAACUGGACCAUUACUAUCAUCGACAUCAUCAUCGUCAAUUGUCGAGUUUUAUAUGAUACAGUCAGAUCACUCAUCAAGUUUACAACAACAACAACCAGAUAACGAAAUCGUACUAGCAGAAAGAAGAAAAAUCGUAGAAGAAGAAGAAGGCGAAGAGGAGGAAGAGCAGUGUGAAAACCAAUUUAAGCGCAUCAUUCAAACAUUUAUAUCAUGCACUUUUGAUAAUUCCGAAUUGUCACAUCCAGUUUUGGAUCUUCAGAAUACCACGACUGCUUCAGAGAUUCCAAAUCAAUCCUCUUUAUCAUCAAAUAAGUUAACUGAAACCUCGUUCAAGGAUGUAACCACUGAUUCACUUGGGAUAGCUAAUAAAGAGAAUGUUAUGACCUCUAGUUUAAAUAUAUUAAAUACUACUGCUAGUAGUAAUAGUGGUAAUAGUAGUGUGUUAAAUUCAACUCAUAUGUGGGAUUUAUCAACAGAUCAGAACUUUUUGUCUCCCUAUGCAUCACCUUCAACCGCUUCAUCAUUUCGAUCAAGUUAUUCUCAUGGCAGUAAUCCUGAUCAACUGAGUAAAUCGUCGAAUGUAAUAAAGACGAAUCAGUUAUUAAAUAUUAAUAACACUGAUGCAAAUAAUAAUUCAGUCAAUUUAAACUAUGUACUACAGAAAACGUUACAAGCUGCUACGAAUUUUGAUUGGACCAGUGUCAAUCUUGAAGAAUAUCCAGAAUUAAUAUCUAAAAUACGCAGUGUCGGUCAAAAUCCCAACAGUCUGACGGUUGAACAAUUAAUGGAAUUGAAUUUAACACUUGAUCAAUUGUUCAGUCAAAUUCAACAGAAUACAUCACUUGGCGAUACGGCAAUCACUCCUUUCACCUCUAGUACUUCUGCUUUUUCUUCUGCCGUAUCGUUACCGUCAUCAUCGUCAUCUUCUUCUUUACCUGUUAUUAAUAAUUUUUCAACAAGAUUUCAAACAUACGAUGGAAGUUAUAGAAAAAGUCAACAAAAUCAGGAUAUCACAGGGAUUCAGACACAAACUACUGAAUGCAUGACUUCUGUCAGUAGCGACACUAGUGUCAGUGGGAAUGCUCCGAAUGCCAGUCUCCAUUACCAUCUUAAACAACAAUUAAAUGAUAACAGUGAGUAUGCCAACAAUGCAUCAUUGCACAAUUCGCAAAGCGUACAACUUUCCUCAAAUUUUCAUGAGUCGGAUUGUAAUAACAACGUUGUCACACCGACUGGAUUGUCAUCGGUAACUGAUAGUGUGAACAAUAAUGCUACUAAUAACAAUAAUAAUAAUAAUAACGGUAAUAAUAAUAAUAAUGAUAAAAGCAGAAUCAAUUCCCUCUUAUCUGAUCUAAAUACUUAUGAGCAUGUUUCCAAUGAUUUUUUUAAUUCCUACAUUCAUUGCAAAGAUUUAAGAGGUAAUGUUAUUUUGACAAAUAAUCUUAACAGGGACAGUAGUCGUGAUAACGUAGGAAAUGUUACUGCAACAUCAACUACAGAUGUGAACAACAACUGCAAUCCCAACACUGUUACUAACAAUAUGAAUAUUACUAGUCAGUCAUCAUUGGACCAUCACAAUCAUCAUCAUAAUCACCAUCAAAACCUUAUCUGGACUUCAGUUAAAAUCGAUAAUAAUAAUAAUAGUAAUAAUGAUGUCAGUGUGACGAAAACAUCUGCGUAUAAUGAUAACUAUUCAGUUUAUGAAGAAUCUAAUAUUCCGUUUUCUACUUCAAGUUACCAUGAUAAUGAACAACGUCACAAUCAUCAUAAUAACCAUCAUCAUCUUCAGCAUCUUCACCACGACCCACACCACCAUCAAGAUCAACAUAUACUUCCCCAAGCACCACAUUCCCAAACACAACAACAACAGCAUUCAGAUGAAUUCACGACAAAGUCAACAAGAAAUAUCACUUUCUUACAUGAUCAAACAUCUGAUUCAACAAGCAUUAAUAAUAAUCCUGUUUCCUUUUACUUUACUCCUCUUCAGUCGGACAGUUUUAUAAAUUCUUCACUACAUGGAAAUACGAAUGAUUCUAUGUAUGCAGAAUUACAAAGUAACACUAGUACUCCUACUAUGACUACUACCACUUCUACAAGUGGUAAUACAAAAGCUCCACAGAAUUUUAUCAACCUAGUCACGGUUCUACCACAAACUUCUACAAUGUCAUCAGAAGUGCAAAAUGAAUCCUUGGCGUCAUCGUCGCCAUUAUUAUCGAAUCGAUUUUUCCACGCACAUGAUCAAUUUACUCAACACAAUCCUCGAUAUCAUAUGUUACUUAGUGCCAGUAAUCAUACUGAUCAUUCAAAAUCGUUUAAAAUGCAUAUCAAUGGUACUGAUGACGUUAACCACUCCCCUUUAAACAAUCACAGUCAUUUACAACAGAAUGAAAAUUUUGAACAUAAUAAUUGUAAUAGUAAUAAUAAUGGUAAUAAUGUUACUAGUACUUCAUUUGAUCAGUUUCAAAUUUUUAGCAAUGACUCCUUUUUGUAUCACUCAAACAAAAAUAAUUUAUUGAAUAUUGGACAGAAAACCACUUCGAAUGAAGAAAUACAACACUUUAUGCCAAACGCUACACAACACUGUACAACAGAUUAUAGAUUUCCUUUUAUACAGAAUUUUAUGGCUACUAGUGGUAAUUUAUCUACUUGUCUUAAUACGAAUACGACUACUAUGAAUGCUAAUAAUACUAUGGCUACUUCUACUAAUUCUACUGAAAUUACACAUUUAUCAUCCUCUUCUAACUCACCGCCUCAGUUGUCCACUGAAUAUCCAGGAUCGUCUUCAUCAUCAUCCUCGUCCACAUCGUUACUUAUACAUAACCGGAACAGAUUGUUCAGUGAUAUGAGAUAUUCAGGCCUAUGCCAACAGUCUUCUAUAAUGCCAGUCAGUCAACAAGUAGAACAGUGUAACCCAGUCAACAUGAUCAAUUCUUUUAGCAUUCAGAAUGCCACCACUGGAAAUAAUUCUAGUAGUGGACCAGAAGAUUUUAACUGGGAUACUAUUGUUUAG